AUGACUUCUCAUUCGAACAUCACUCAAAAGAGUGUAAUGUAUCGAAUUCCUUCUGAACGGACAUUGGAGAGUCUCCAUGAGAUGAUAGGCUCCCGCAUGUCAAAAAUGUCGCUCAAAAACACUCUCCGUGGAAUUUCCAAUCCUUACGAAAGAGAUGAGAGCGAAGGAAGUGAGGAUAUGAUUUUCGAAUUAUUCAAAAUUCCGAAUAAGAAUGAAGCAUCGAUUGGAAAACUUCUGACGGUUCUCCGCCAACUGGGUCUCCGAGAUGACGAUCCACGUCUUGUGCCUAUGAUGGAAAAGAUUAGGGAUUUCGAGAAAAUCGCUGAAGAAAAAAUAGCAGAAGCUACAGAACAGAAGCAUUGGAAAUUGACUAAAGAACAGUUCAAAGAAUGUAUCGCCCCCAGUAUCGACAUCGUAUCUCGAGCUCUUCAAACUGAUAUGGUCAUUCCAAAUUGGGUUACUUUUGUAGAGAAAAUUAGGAAUUUGUUCAAUGAAUGUAAAGAGAUUCGAGAUGGACAAGUAGCCACAUACAUCCCACAAUUGGCAAGACAAUCUCCUGAUUUGUGGGGAGUUUCUUUGUGUACUGUGGACGGGCAGAGGGCAUCAUUUGGUGAUGUCAAACACCAUUUCUGCGUCCAAUCCGUCUCCAAGGCGUUCAAUUAUGCAAUUGUCGCAUCUGAUCUCGGAGCAGAUGUAGUCCAUUCGUACGUUGGACAAGAGCCAAGUGGACGACUUUUCAAUGAAAUUUGUCUUGAUUCUACAAACAAACCACACAACCCAAUGGUAAACUCCGGAGCAAUUGUGAUCACUUCGCUGAUAAAGAGCAAAACUAACAUGGCUGAUCGUUUCGAUUUCGUUCUCAACCAGUACAGAAAGAUUGCUGGAAAUGAGUAUAUCGGAUUCAACAAUGCCACAUUCUUGUCUGAAAGAGCAACUGCUGACAGAAAUUAUGCGUUGUCGUAUUUCAUGAAAGAGAAUCGAUGCUUCCCGAAAGAAACCGAGUCUCUGACCGAUGCUCUCGACUUCUAUUUCCAAUUAUGCUCUGUUGAAGUCAACUGUGAAUCGCUGGCAGUGAUGGCAUCUACCCUUGCUAAUGGAGGUGUCUGUCCGAUAACCAAUGAAACAUGUGUGGCUCCAAAUCCAUGUAGAGAUGUCCUCUCACUGAUGUACUCAUGUGGAAUGUAUGACGCUUCUGGACAGUUUUCUUUCAAUGUUGGGUUACCAGCUAAGUCUGGAGUAUCUGGUGCGAUGAUUGUUGUGGUGCCAAAUGUGAUGGGUAUUUGUCUUUUCUCUCCGCCCCUGGAUUCACUUGGAAACAGUUGUAGAGGUGUCUCAUUCUGUAAGAAACUCGUCUCAACAUUCAACUUCCACAACUACGACUGUCUCGUGCACAACUCAAAUAUGAAGAGUGAUCCGAGAAGACGUGACAUCCGAGAACGUGAUCGUCUUAUCCCUGUGUUCCAUGUGGCUCGUGCCGGUGACCUACCCACAAUGAGAAGAUUGUACAUGCAGGGAGAGGACUUGAAUACAUCGGAUCAUGAUGAUAGAACUGUUUUGCAUAUUGCUGCGACGGAAGGUUACGAGACAAUGAUCAAGUUCUUGGUGAAUGUGGCAAAGGUUGAUGUGGAUAAGAAGGAUCGUUGGGGCAAGAAUGCGUUGGAUGAGGCCAAGUUCUUCAAUCAUAAUGACGUGGCAAGAUUCUUAGAGAAGGCUAUGAAGAGGGCGAGUAUCAAAAAAUGA